AUGUCGAAAGACAAACAGCUUUUCGGUAGUCGGUUAAAAAGUUUUGUGUCAGAAUUUAGUGCCAGUGCGUUUUUGAUCGAUGGUAAAGUCUUAUACUGUAAGUAUAGUGAUAUUAAAGUAGGGAGUGAAAAACGGUUUAAUGUAACGCUAUACAUUGAUACAGAAAAUAACAGAAAUCCGAUUAUGCGUAAAGAAAAAAACCAAAAUUUAUUUGAAUCGAGAAAAGUACAACAUUUGGUGAGUAAUUCCAAAAAGGCCUUUAUGUUCAGCAAUGCUAUCGGCUAA